AUGGACGAUCCCGAGGUGUUGCUGCCGUCGAUCGAGCGGCGGACGAAGCAGCUGCGGCAGCAGGAGCAGAUGCUGCGGGAAGCCGUGACGGCCGCGUCGCGCAGGAAGGAGACGAGCGCAGCGGCGCUCAGGUCCGCCGAAGACGCGCACCAGCAUCUGCUGCGCGAUCGAUUCCCCGCGCUCAACGCGCAGGUGAAUGCGCAGCUCGACGCCAUGGCCGCCCAUGCCGCCGCCAUCGCCGCCUUCCUCUCCCCCGCGCGCCCGGGAUCACUGGCGAUGGUGGCGGGGGUGGAGCCGCUGCUGGAGGCGCAGGAGGAGGUGGCGCUGCAGCACGAGGUGUGGAAGCGACGCCAGUUCGAUGAGGGGCCGUCCCGGGCGGUGGCGUUGGAGGGGUUGGGUUUGUACUCGCCGUGUGACCUCAACGACCUGGAUGCUGCCGUCAUUGCGGGGGACCAUGGGGCUUCCAUCGACACGCCAGGCCUCGCUCCCUCCCACCACCACCCACCAUUCCCCUUCUUCUCCCAUCUGGCGCCGCCCACUGCCCGUCCCACAGACGCCAUCUAUCGGUGCAACAUCAGGGAGCUCAAACACGUGCAUGACCUGGAUGAUUUGUAUCUUUCUCUCUCUCCCUCCUACCCCUUCCUCGACUAUACUCUCUUGCCUGUCCCCUUGCUCCCCGUCCUUUCAACCCCUUGCUCAUCCACCUACCGUCCCCGUCGCUGUCAUGCCCAACAGGGCGGGGGAGGCGGAGCAGCGUUACGUGGCAGCCAUGGUGGACGAGGCUCGCUGGACCGCCAGGGGGAGGGCGCUGGGCAGGUGAGUCAAUGGGGGGAGGGCGCUGGGCAGGUGAGUCAAUGGGGGGGGCAGAGCAGCAGCAGUGGCGGCAGCAGCAAGGGAACGGCAGGGGGUGCGGGGCAGGGGGGGGCGGGGGGGGCGGAGGAGAGGAGGCGGAGGAGGCGGCUGGAGGAGGUGCGGGCAGAGGUGGCACGUGCCAGAGGCGUGGUGAGAUGGGGGGGGAGAUGGGGAGGGGGAAGGGAGGAGUUGGGGAAAUCAGUGAGCAAGCUGUGCAAGGAGAAGGCACGCCUACAAGACGCCAUGGUGUACGCUGGAGACUACGAGCUCAAGAUGCAGAGGCAGCGCUUCUACCUCGCCAAGAUGCACCAGCUGCUGACUCAGCAGUACUGGCAGCUGGCUGUCAACGUGGCACUGCAUGGAGCCGUCCUAUUGGACGCGCACCACCUGGAGCGCACCUGGCAGCUGCUGCUCCAAUUACAUUGCGACACGUCAGCAGCUAUCAGCGACUCUGAAACCCGCAAGGCGGCUUACAAAGCUCUUGCCUCACAAGCCACUGCCCCCACUGCCCCCACCGCCCCAACAUCCUUCUCCUCCUCCCAGUUCCCGCCCCCCUCCUCCUCCCUCCCCCUCCCAGCCUCCUCCCCCCUGUGGCCCGCCCUGCUCUCCGCCCUCUCCCCCCCCGCUGCUCAAGGGGAGCCACUCGGGGCAGCAGGGGGGGGAGUCGCGCAGGCAGCAGGGGGAAGGGAGGGGGAGAGUGGGGGGGAGGUGGUGGAGCGGCUGGUGGAGGGGCUGAGGGGGAGGGCGCAGGGGGAGGGGGAGCGGGUGCAGCAGGGGGUGGAGCAGAGUGAGCGGCUGCUGGCACACAUGGCGGGCAUGCAGGCGGCCAUGGUGGAGCUGCUCUCAUCGCCGCAUGCCACUCCCUCCUCCACCGCCGCUCAUGCCAUGCCGCUGCACCUCUCGCCCCCUGCUCUCGUGGACGAGCGGCUGCGAGUGGAGCGCCAGCUCAGCGAUGAUGUGGCACCGGCGAUUGACAGGCUGGCAGACGAGUGGCAGACAACCCAGAGGAGCGCGGUGCACGCGCCAAGGCAUGGCAUCCGCCAGCGACUGCUGCACUCCUUCUUCUCCCCGGCCGCCCUGCCCUGCACACUGCUGCACGCGCACUCCGCUCAGGGCGCAGGGGGCGAGGGGGCGCGGACCGAGGGGGCAGGGCGCGAGGCUCGAGAGGCGCAAGGCGGGAUGCAUGGGCAGGAGAGGGAGAGCAGGGGGGGUGGUGGCGAGGGCAGUGGCAUGGGCAUGAGCAUGGGCAUGAACGAUGGUGGGGGCAGGGGUGAGUGCAUGGGCAUGCAGUGUGGGAUGCAUGUGGGGAUGGGGAUGGGCAUGGAGGAGGACGAUGACAGCUUCAUUUUCUAA